AUGGCGCCGCGGGCCGGUGCCGCGAGGUGGCUGGCGGUCUGCGCGCUGGUGGCGUCCCUGGGCGUGCACUCGGAAGCCCGCCACGCGCUGGGAGGCGCGGACGGGGCGGGAGGGGGCCGAGAGCUGUUGCAGUUUGGGUUCUGCCCGCCGGAGGUGGGGACGGAGGCGUUCGACUUCCUGCUGACCCGCACGACGUUCUCACACCCUGAAGUGGGAGGGGGAAAGCUGGACUACUGCACGUCGCCCGGCGUCGGCUGCGGCAAGCCCGCAGCGGAUGCCUUCUGCGUCAGCAGGGGCUUCGCGUCGGCAGAGUCGUUCUUCAAAUGGCGUUUCGCCAUCCGAGACUGCGGGACGACGGUGACCAUCGGGAGCGGAGAAUCCUGCUCGGAAUCUUCUUGCGAGGGUUUUAGAAUCAUCGUGUGCAGACAAGGUGGCGGCGCGGACACCACGGAGCCUGCCCUGGCGGCCUCAGACGCCGUGGCAGCGGCGCCAGGGCCGUCGGACUUGGGCCCCCUCGCUCAGGGCCCCGCGGGGGAACUGCUCAACGGCACAUCCCCGGGUCUCGACGAGCUCCCAGCCGCGGGCUCUCCUCCAAGGAGGCCUGGCUCCGGCACGCCAGCCUCGCUGCAGCCUCCUCCGAAGCCCAGGGAGCUGCCCACGGCAUUUGCACUUGCGCCCGCGCCGGUGCCCGGCCCCACGGAGACGCCCACCGUGGGCGCUGUGACCACGCCUUCGCUCCCGCCCCCUCCCAAGCGGCCCACGGCGGCGGAGCCGCCUGAUGAGGAGCCUGAAGAGGAGGAGAAGCCGGCCAAGAAGGGGAAGGGAGGAAAGAAGGGGAGGAAGGGCAAGGACACAAGCGAGGCGUUCGUCCUCCGUCUUGACGAGACAUCGUGCUCCGAGGCCGGCAUUCUGGGCGCUUUCUCCGCAGCGAAUUCCGCUUGCCUAGAAUUGUCGUUCAAAUGCACAGCCGGCCAGGAUGGAGGCCGAAGAAGGAGCCUGAAAUCGGUUCUGGAGUCCAACAUGGGGCUCGGUGCCAUGGACGCUCAACGGCCUCACCAACUGCGCGGAUUGCUGCAAAGGAGGCGGGUGAAGGCGUGCAAGGACAAUUUCAUGGAAUCGUGCCUGACCACGGCGUCCCAGCAGACGCAAAAAAUCAUGGGCACCUGCCAGGAUCUGCUGCUCAAUGGGCCCAUGGAACCCGUUCCCGGCUGCUCGUCGUUCACGGAAGUGGAGAGAAUCUUCAAUGCGGGCAUCAGCACCCUGUGCGCGGAAAGCCUGGAUGACGUCCUCCCCUAA